AUGGACGCGCAUAAAGUGCAGUUUGGUACUCACAUGCUCAAGAAAGAAGCUGAGGAUUGGUGGGUUAACACUGCUCAGAGGUUUGAAGAAGAGGAUUGUCGCGGGAAGAAAGAGAUGGAAUUUCUUGGAUUGAAGAAAGGGAAUGGAACUGUGGCGGAGUAUGCUGCAAAAUUCCAAGAGUUGAUCAAGUAUUGUCCCCAUUACAAUACUAUGAAUGUUGAGAGGUCAAAGUGUUUGAAAUUUGUGAACGGUUUGAGGCAUGACAUUAAGAAGGCUAUCGGUUACCAACAUAUUACUCAUUUUUUAGAGUUGGUUAACAAGAGUCAUAUUUAUGACGAAGAUAGUAGGGAGAGUGCUUCUCACUACAAGGCUUCGAAUGAUGGAAAAGGGAAAGGUCAAUACCGUGGAAAACCGUACGAUGAUAAGAAUAAGAAAUAUGGUUAUGGCGGAAAGCCAAGUGGGGGGGGAUCUAGAGCUCCGGUUAAGUGCUUCAAGUGUGGUGUCGAAGGACAUCGUGCUAAUGAAUGCAACAAAAAAUUGUUAAGUGUUUCAAGUGUGACAUGCUAG